AUGUCCGAUGGACACGGGGAGGCGAACCAACAAAGGAAAGAGAGCGUUGUGACAGCCAACGUUCCCGGCGAUAGUCCGGUGACUGAUCCCGGUCAUGUUAGGAGUGGAAACGCCGAGGGUGCUGCUGGGAAAUUUGACGGUCAACGCGGGAAGUCCGGAGCCUUGAAGAAGUCCGCCAGAUAUCGUAGCAGAUCCCUGUCAGCCUCAUCUGCUGAUUCCUACAGCUCCACCUCAUAUACUGGGUCCUCGUCGGAUGAGGAGGAGGGGGUGCAGCCGCACGAGAAGGCGAUAGCCGGCGGCCAGCCGAGCCCCCCCUACUGCGUGCGCAACGUGGAGCAGCACGCGUUCGGCAGGCGGGAGAUAGAGAUCGCCGAGCAGGAGAUGCCGGGCAUCAUGGCUCUGAGGGCCCGUGCGAAGGAGGACAAGCCGCUGAAGGACGCCAAGAUAGUGGGGUGCACGCACAUAAACGCGCAGACCGCCGUCCUGAUCGAGACGCUGGCCGCCCUCGGCGCGACAGUACGCUGGGCGGCCUGCAACAUCUACAGCACCCAGAACGAGGUGGCGGCCGCCUUGGCGCACGCUGGCUUCGCGGUAUUCGCGUGGCGCGGCGAGAGUGAGGAGGCGUUCUGGUGGUGCAUAGACCAGUGCUGCACCCCCACGUCGUCUUGGCAGCCGAACAUGAUCCUGGACGAUGGCGGUGACGCGACCCACCUGAUGCUGAAGAAGCACGCGGCCGCCUUCAAGCAGAUCAAGGGCAUAGUGGAGGAGAGCGUGACGGGCGUCCACCGUCUGUACCAGCUCAGCAAGGCGGGCAAGCUCUGCGUUCCCGCGAUGAACGUUAACGACUCCGUCACUAAGACCAAAUUCGACAACCUGUACUCCUGUCGGGAGAGCAUAAUAGACGCGCUGAAACGCAGCACUGACCUAAUGUUCGGCGGGAAACAAUCCGUCGUUUGCGGAUACGGGGAGGUGGGGAAGGGUUGCUGCCAAGCGCUAAAGGCUCUGGGCUGCGUGGUGUACGUGACAGAAAUCGAUCCGAUCUGCGCUCUCCAAGCGGCCAUGGACGGUUUCAGAGUGGUCAAACUCACCGAGGUGAUAAGGCAGGUGGACAUAGUGAUAACGGCCACCGGCAACAAGGGCGUGGUCACGCGCGAGCACAUGGAGCGCAUGAAGAACGGCUGCGUGGUGUGCAACAUGGGCCACAGCAACACCGAGGUGGACGUGCACGCGCUGCGCACGCCCGACCUGCUCUGGGAGCGGGUGCGGAGCCAGGUGGACCACAUAAUAUGGCCGAACGGAAAGCGCAUCGUGCUCCUGGCGGAGGGCCGGCUGGCGAACCUGUGCUGUUCUUCGCUGCCAUCGUUUGUGGUCUCCGUGACGGCGGCAACUCAGGCGCUCGCGCUCAUCGAGCUGUACAACGCGCCGCAGCACAGGUACAAGGCCGACGUAUACCUGCUACCUAAGAAAAUGGACGAGUACGUCGCCAGCCUGCACCUGCCCACCUUCGACGCUCACCUCACCGAGCUGACGGACGAGCAGGCGAAGUACCUCGGCCUCAACAAGGUGGGCCCCUUCAAGCCCAACUACUACAGGUAC